UCGCGCAUGCGCAGUGACUAAAGAAGUCUUGACGCUUGCAGGGCAGAAUGGAUGCACUGAUUUUGAAGCUGCGUUUUAAGUCUUGAUGGGCGGCAAAUUUUUCACCUAAUUCAAGCUCGACAUGGGAAAAGGCUGUAAAGUUGUGGUGUGUGGUCAGGCAGCAGUGGGAAAAACUGCCAUUCUGGAGCAGUUACUGUACGGAAACCACUCUGUAGGCUCGGAGUCCAGUGAGACCCAGGAGGAUGUGUAUGUGGCCUCAGUGGAAACUGAUCGUGGUGUGAAGGAACAGUUGAGGCUUUAUGACACUAAGGGCCUGCACGAUGGACAAGACCUCCCCAAACACUACUACUCAGUGGCAGACGGCUUCGUCCUGGUCUACAGCGUCGACAGCUUGGAGUCUUUCAAGAAGGUGGACAUUCUGAAGAAGGAAAUAGACAAGUCCAGGGAUAAAAAAGAGGUGACAGUCAUCGUGCUGGGGAAUAAGACGGACCUGCGGGAGCGUCGUCAGGUGGACCAGGAGGUGGCGCAGCAGUGGGCGCGAGGGGAGAAGGUGAAGCUGUGGGAGGUGAGCGUCUCCGAACGCAACUCCCUAAUAGAACCCUUCACCCAGCUGACCAGCCGCCUCACACAGCCUCAGAGCAAGUCUGCCUUCCCUCUGCCGGGGCGCAAAAGCAAAGGCACCCCCUCCAACGACAUCUGACACUGCAGAUCCUUCUCUCUGCUCCGCUCCUCUCAGUAGGCUGCAUUCACUUCAUAUGGGAAUAAAGCGCAGGACAGCAUGGACAGGAAUUUAGUUUUUUCCAUUUGACACACAUUCACUUAUUUUACAGUGUUGACAUUGUUUUAGGGGACAAAGUCAACAUUUUGGGAAAUAUUCUUUCUUUCUGUGAAUUAGAUGAAUAGAUUGAUACCAAACUCAUGUCAAGGUUAUUAUAGUUAACAGAAACUAAUGACAUAACAAAAACUGGAAUUUAAAUUUUUCCGUUAACUGAAAUAAAAAUAAAAACUAGGUUACAAAACUCUACUAAAAUUAUAGUGAAAAUGUCCUUCGUUUUCCUCUUGGUUGGUAUGAAAUCUAUUUCAUCUAUCUGGUUUUAUGACUUAAUAAACUUAUUGGGGCUGAGAUAGAUCAGACAAAGGAAAUAAAGGCAACAUUUAUUGUGACCUUAUUGAAUCUGGCAACCAACAAAUACCCCAUUACAAAAAAACUAAAACUAACACUAAAACUAAUAAAAACUAAACAUUUUCCAAAAAAAACCAAACUAGCAAACUCACACUAAAUACUCAUUAAAACUAACUGAAUUUGGAAAAAAAAAAACUACAACUACUGAAAAAUCCAAAACUAUAAUAACCUUGACUCAUGUCUGUAUGUUGUAAGAAUGUGGCUAGCCUAGCUUAGCAUAAAGACUGGAAGCAUCGGAAACCGCUAACCUGGUACUAUCAAAGGUAAAGAACUAUACCUACUAACACCUCUAAAGCUCAUCAUUAUGGGAGAUUUUAGGUGUAGUUAUGUGCUGGAACUACUUCUUGACAAACAGGUUAUCCAUCUGCCCAGCACUUCUGUGCCGUGUCGUGCUGUAAUGCAGGUGGCCAAAUAUUGUAAAUGAGCACAGGUUUUUGUGUUGUUCUCCGCACAGACAUGAUGGGACCAAACCUGGCAACCUCACUGUGGUGGAAAUACUUUGUUCCUCUUUUUUUCUUGUUUCGCUCUCAAAAUAAAGAUGAAUGAUUUUAGAUAGAGUAAAUUGGUUUAACUAUACUGCCCUACAAAGUCUAACUGCAGUAACUACAUUUUUGGUCAAAAUUGAGUUAUAACUAUAAAAAAAAAAAAAAGAACCCCUUGAUGUCUGUUUUAUCUUGUGACAAAGUUUUAGAUUUCAAUUUUGCUUUAUUUCAGAGAAAUAAUUAUAUAAAAACCACAAAAUCCAACUCAAAACCAAGCAGUAAUUGCACUUACCACAGUCUGCUUUGGAUAUAUAUACUAUUUCUUUCUAAUAAGUCUAAAAUACGCACAUCUUUGAAAAGAGUUGUUAAACACUUUUAAAUGCAAUGAUAACAAAAUCUAUUUGAAAAUGUUUCUUUACCGAAAACAAAAUAUUAAAGCUGAAAGAAGACAACAACAUUGUAGUUACUGCACUCUGUUUAUCAUUACUAUUAGAACCUUUUACAGCAAUUCAAAACAGAGUGCAGUAACUACAUUUUUGGGGUCUAAGGUCAGAUAAAUCAUCAUGAUUUUUGAGCAUAAAAAUGACAUCAUAAAUACAUGUAGAAAUAAGUAUCAUGUCACUUAUCUACAUAUAACCAAUUUGGCUGGCCAGUUAAAUACGUUAAAAAAACUUUAAAGCAGUUUUUCUCAGUUUUACCUUUUGUUUAGUUACUGCAGUUAGACUUUGUAGGGUGGUGUAGCAGGUUUGGUACCCCCAUGCCUUUAUAGAGAUCAAAACAUAAACCUGUGCUCACUACCUUUCUCUUGACACCAUGUGCUAUAGCCACACGGAAGUACUGGGCAGAUGGACAAACUGUUGUUUAUCAAGAAAAAGUUCCAACACGUAUCUCCCCCUAGAAUCACAAACUACCAUUUUUUACGUUUUUCUUUUUGUUUUGUUCAACAAAUUAGUCACAAGGCGUUAAUCAGUGAGCUUUACACUGCAAAAACAGUGUAGAGUUAUUGUCAUAUGUAUUGUGUAUUUUUGGACAGAGCCCAGCCAGCUGUUUCUCUGUUUCCAGUCUUUAUGCUAAGCUAGGCUAACCACAUUCUCACUCCAGCAUUUUACACACAGGCAUGAAAUGGAGCUUCUCAUCUAAAAGAAGGAAAGCAAAUCAGCAUAUGUCCCCAUAAGGUUACUAAUCCUAUGAGGAUGCAUGUUUUUCAACUUUUAAACCAAACAUUGCGUAUAAACCACAAUCCAAAUCCACAUCUGUAACACCUUUUCUGUACAGUAUGAUUAACACUAUAGUGUGUCGUCAAUCACUUUUCAUUUAAGAUAGAAAACCAUUUUUAAAAAGUUAGCACUUUAGUACCAAAGAUUUAACUCGGCUCAAACACACAUGUCAUGGAUUAAAACUUCUGAAUUUUUACUGUGGAAUAACAAGUUAUGGUUGUUUUCCUUCUCAGCUGAAAUGUGUUUACCAUUCCAAGUCAAAGGGUCAAUGUAGAAUUUUCAAGUCUGUCUUACAUUUAUACAAUAUUCAUAUGCAGAUAUAUACAUUAUUCCCUGCUAUCUUAAGAAAUCAAAAUUAAGAUCCAAAUCCACAAUCCUCUUGAAUGGAUAGUUUGGAGUUUUUGAAGAUGUGUUGUAUGAGGUACUUCUCCAUAGUCGGUGCAUUACUUCCAGUAGAUUUAGAUUUAGAGCAGCAGGCAGAAGUACCAACACAGAAGCUAAACAAUGUACUGCUGUGGACUGGGGCAGCUGUCAAAAGUGUUUAAGACAUCUAAAAGAAAAUCUAUAUCAGAUGAAGUGUAUGCUACAUUCAGAAUAUUUCCACAGCUUGCUGGGGAACUGAAGCCAUUACAUCAUCUAUUCUCUCUUUAAAGCCGCUAGACUCCUUUGACAAAAGCAGUAAUCUUGCAGAAAAUGGGAGUUUCUGGUCUACCGCUGCCUCCAUUGGUUUGUUUGUGUAUUGUGUGACUUUGAUGAAUCCAAACUAACACUUUAAAUCCCCAAAGUCACACAAUUACACCACUGCACUAAACCAGGGGUGGGCAACCUGAGGCUCCAGAGCCACAUGUGGCUCUGCAGGCCAUCUGCAGUGGCUCCCUGUUGCUUUGACAAAAAAAAAAGAUAUGUAAUUUGUCUACGAUUUAAUCCCCAUUGUUGUAGUAAUUCUUACAUUCUCCAA